AUGGCGGCCUAUGGAGCUCUGAUUUCUCUUAUGCAUUUAAUAGAUACCCUUGAGAAACAUCCUUCUCCUCCCAUUUAUAUCGACAUAACACAAGUUGAAUCUCUCACUCAAAAUGUUACCUUCUUGCUCGAGUUUCUUGAUGGUUAUAUUUCACCAGUUGUUCUUGAUGGCCAUGAAGCUGAUCCAUUGGAGCGUCGCAUUGCUGAUGCAGUUUAUGCAGCUGAGGAUGUUAUUGAAUCCCAGAUUGUGGAUCACAUUCACAGAGGAUCCAGAAUCGUUGAAGGUCAUGACUUCUUUCAUGAUCUACAAAAGGUGAUAGAAGAAAUGAACCUGAUCAGAGGAGAGACGGAGAAUAUUGCAGUCAAAGCUCAGAUGCAGCAAAAGCCCAUUGUUGCCUUGACGUCUUCUUUAACUGUGAAGGAAAAUGUGAUGGUGGGCUUGGAGGAAGUGUUUCUUGAAGUUUUGGAUAAGCUCACUGGGAAUCAACUCAACCGCCAAAUCAUCCCCAUUGUGGGAAUGGGCGGCAUUGGUAAGACCACCCUUGCCAUAAAUCUAUUUGAGAAUGCACUUGUUAAGGAACAUUUUGAUAUUCGUGCUUGGACAACAAUAUCUCAAACUUAUAAUGUUAGAGAAACUCUUGGAGAAGUUCUUUUUCAAGUAAGUGGAAAGUCGAGUGAUCUGAGUGAGGACCGAUUAGGAGAAAAGUUAUCCAAGCAUUUGUCAGGUAGGAGGUAUCUCAUUAUAAUGGAUGAUAUGUGGAGUAUAGAUGUGUGGAACAAGAUCAAAUUUUUCUAUCCUAAUGACAAUAAUGGGAGUCGAAUUAUUGUAACAACUAGGCUGUCAAACUUGUGUUUUCAGUUGAAUGAGUCAUAUAGAGUUGGUGUAAAAUUUCUAGAUGAGACUAGUGGUUGGGAUUUGUUUUGUAAGACUGUGUUUGGGAAAGAAAGUUGUCCUCUUGAAUUGGAGAACAUGGGAAAGAAUAUUGUAGCGAAUUGUAAGGGGCUUCCUUUAUCAAUUACUACAAUAGGAGGUCUUUUGUCAAAAUCUGAGAGGACAAAAGAAUAUUGGGAGCGUAUAGAGCAGAAUUUAAAUUCAAUUGUUAUUAACAAUAAUGAUGAAUUUUGCUUGAAAAUAUUGAGGAUGAGCUAUAUCUAUCUGCCAAACUAUUUGAAACCAUGUUUUUUGUACAUGGGUGGUUUUGAGGAAGAUCGUAGUAUCCGUGUGUCAAUGCUAGAGAAGUUAUGGGUAUCUGAAGGAUUUUUAAAACCAAGGAGUGGGAAAUGUUUGGAAACAAUAGCACAAGAGUAUUUUAAGGAGUUGGUUGAUAGAAAUCUCAUUUUAGUUCAUAAGUUAGGCUCUAUUGGACAUGUCAAGUUUUGUAAAAUUCAUGAUUUGUUGAGAGAUUUGUGUUUGAAAGAAGUUGAAAAGGAAAGGUUUUAUCAUGUGGCCAAUAAUAGCGAACGUCGGGUUGUUUUUCCACGUAAAAAUGCAAGGUUGCAAACAAACGAAGUCUUAGGAUAUUCGUCCCAUGUUCGUUCCAUGAUAUGUGAUAAUAAUCGUAUAUGGUGGAUUGGAGAAGUUCAAUGGCCUCACAAUCUUAGAUUGUUGAGGACACUCCAUGGGGGUGGGGUUUGUUUGCUAGAUAAUGUGUUUGAAUUGGUAAACUCACGGUACCUUGCGGUUCACCUUCAUGAGAAUUCCAAAUUCCCUACUUCGAUUGCUCUGCUUUGGAAUCUAUACACUUUGAUUAUUAGUUACUCGAAUUGUCUUAUUAUCCCGAUUGAAUUUUGGAAAUUGCAUCAACUUCGGCACCUCAUAUUCGAUUGUUCGUCCUUCGGAUUGAUUCUCCCGAAUCCUCCCAGUGGCGACAAUGAAAUUGUUGUCAUGGAGAAUCUGCAAACACUCAAAGGAGUGAAGAAUUUGAUUUUGAACGAGGAGGUGAUUAAAAGAAUUCCCAAUGUGAAGAAAUUGCUUUUAGGAUAUGGUAAGAAACAAAUGGAAGGAGAAAACUGUCUCGGGUAUCUUCAGUGUUUUAGUAAAUUGGAAAAUUUCCACUGUAAUUCCAGAAAUGAGAGUGAUGAAUAUUUUCAGAGGAUUAAGUUCCCAAACUCCCUCAAGAAGUUGUUUAUUAUUGCCUCUUCUGAUAUGGUGUUGGAAGACAUAAUGCCAAAAAUCGGGUCAUUGCCUCUUCUCGAGAAGUUUGUACUAUUACACGGUAUCUUCGAAACAGGCAAGUGGGAAACAAUUGAAGGCCAAUUUCCAAGCCUCAAGUUUCUGAGAUUGGAGUUUUGUGGUGGCCUAAAAGAUUGGAUUGUGUCAGACAACUCUCACUUUCCACUUCUCCAGAAGCUUCGUCUUAAUUCUUUCGAUCAACUGAAGGAGAUCCCAUCAGAAGUGGGAGAAAUAGCAACGUUGAAAUCAAUUGAAUUGGUUUAUUGCAGUGAAUCGGUGGUGAGGUCAGCUAAAAAGAUAGUAGAGGAACAAGAGGAUCUAUAUGGAGACCAACUAGACCUUCAUGUUCAAGCGAGAGUUUGGAAGCAUCAAGAAGAACUGAAGAGCUUGGCAAGUGCCAACUUUGAAGUUGAAAUCACCUCUAUGAGGUACUAG